UGUAGUUAUAAAAGAUAAUCAAACAUUAUGGAUGUACAACAUAUAUACUCAUUACCACUUCAUGCUAAUCCUGGACGUCUGGACCCGUGUGUUAACCAAGAAUGGAUAGCUUUGCCGGUAACACGAAAUGUUAUUGGUCUGUGGAAAACACCGUCAAUUAAUAAUAAUAAUGGAAUUAAUAGCACAUCUAACAAUGUCCGUCAUAAUGUGAAGCCUCUACCUGUUGAACUUAAUGGACAUUUCAAGGAUAUAUGCGCUUUGACAUUAAGCAAUAAAUUUCCAACAAAAUAUAUAGCAUCUGCUUGUAAGGAAAAAAUAUUAUUGUGGUCUUUAUCACCAUCUACUGAAAGGGAAGAUAAUGUUUUCAGUCAACAACUAUUUUCAAAUCCAGGUGUUGUUUCAGCAAUGUGUUUUAAUAACAAUGACGAAAUCAUUGCUUUUGCAUCAAAUUAUAAUAUAACACUAUUACAAGUUAGUCAAAAAAUAUCAUUGGCUGUACUGAAUGCACACAGAACUAUGAUACUUGGUUUGAAGUAUUGUCCACAUUACUCAGCAACCUUAGUUUCAGUAUCAGAUGACAAAUGUUUUUAUGUUUGGGACACAAAUGAAAAUGUUCUCCUAUAUCAGUCAACAAUCAUAUCAUCUUCUCCUCUGAUUAGUUUAUGUAUGAACUUGUCUGCUCCACAUGUUGCUAUUGGAACUGCUAGUGGUGCUUUAAAAGUCUUUGAUUUGACUGAUGGUAACAACUUUAGACAACUUGCAAAUGUAGAUUUAGUUGUCAGUCUAAAAAAAUAUUUUGAGAAAAGUUUACCAGAAAAAAAUGCUGAACAAUCUUCUGAUGUCAUAGAGUCAAGUGAAUCAGUGUUGGCUGUUCAAUAUAUUUAUUUUCCUAAAGAUAAUUAUGACCUGAAUUUACCAUCAUUAUUUAUUUUACAAUCUCAGUCAGCUGCAGGUGAUGUUUUAAGUGAAAAUCCACCAUCUCUAUGUGUAGUUACUUCCAAUAACUUUAUCCAGAUUCACUCAAAGACAUAUGAACUCUUAAAUGUCCAGCCUCUGAAUUUACCAUUGAAAACUGAAACAUUUUCCUUUUCCAAAACUAUAGGCUCAGUAGCGUAUGCUGCUUUGCAUCAAGUAGAUGCUUUUACAGCUGUUUCAGUUACUGGUGCAAUGUUUGAAAAAGAAAUCAAUGUAAUAAAACUGUCACUUCCAAAAACAAAAAAACCUGCAGAGGAUUUUGAUGUAGGCCUGUCUAGUUUUGCAGAAAUUCUUAGUGUUAUUCCUAAAACUCCAUUGGCUGCGUUCUCACCUUUAAAAAGUGAAAUGCUACCACUGGUAUCAGCAAAACCUUCAAGUGGGAAAAAGAAACCAACCAGCAUAAUGCAUCAGCCAUUGACAUUUACAAGUAAAAUCAAGUCUUCUGGGUAUACCCAGCGACCACACACUAAAAUGUUUCAACCAGAAAAGAGUAAGAAAAAACUAUUAAAUAUCAAUGAUCAACCAAAGAGUAAAGCAGAUUCUUCUAACAAAGUAUCGUUGAACCAAAUCCUAAAUUCAGCCUGUGAUUCCAGCAAAGGUCCUCCUACUGAACAAAGUAGUACAUUCCUGGUUGAUUGUCAAAGUACAGCAGUGUUUAGUGUAAGAUUUGCAGAUGAUGGUAAUGCCUUGGCUUCUGCAUUGUCUAAUAAGUGUGGGCUUAUCUUAAAAGCUCCAUUUAAUAAAGAGCAAACAAUUUCCCUUAUUGGUCAUAAUAAUGUUGUAAAUUCUGUAUUUUGGAAUACAGAUGGUGCUUAUUUAUUGACAGCAUCUAAUGAUAAAACAGUUUGCUUGUGGGAUAAGACUGGUGGUGAUCCACUUCUGAGUUUAACGCACCAGAGAGGCUCUAUAAAAGAAUCAUCAGCCAGUAAAGUGACAAAUUUAUCUACCAAUAAAACAACUACAACUGCAACCAGAAGAUUGUCAUCUUCUAGUACUUUAAGCCAUGAUAGUCAGCUGAGCACUUCCUCCAAAGAAAAUAAGCCUUUUGCUAAGGAAAUAAAGAAUGCACAAUUUUUUUACGUUGACAAAUUUAUCCUUUUAAUUCAUGGACCAAAUUUAUCUAUGUACAAAUAUGACAUGUCCACCAAACGGGAUGAUGUUAAACGUUAUCUGUACAAAAAUCGUUGCAAACUCAUCUCAAGUUGGCAAACACCCAGUUCUGUGUUCACGGCAAUGUCUGCUGUAAACACAUUCUAUUCUUAUUUGGUAUUUUGCUCAACCUCGGGCUGCAACACAGAGGUCUAUGACUUAAAUAAAUCUCAGCUUGCACAUAGUUUUACAAACUGCCACUCAAGGCCAGCACACUGUGUAGCUCUGAACUCAGGAUCUUGUUUUUAUUCACAGCCACAAGAGGCUUACAAUGUCUUUGCUACCAUUGCGCCCACUGACCCAAUUAAGAUUUGGGAUUUACGGUCUAAAUCCAAUGUUCAAGUUUUACAAGGACAUCUGAUUAAUGCCCAUGCUUGUCAAGUUUCUUUCAGUCCUUGUGGCAAUUACAUAGCUUCAGGAUCAGAGGACAAAAUGGUUUAUAUAUAUGAUCUCCGAAAGGGAACUUACUGUAACAGACUAAGAGGUCAUAAUGAAGUUGUUACAUGUGUAGAUUACCACCCAAUGGGUUCUAUGCUUGCUACUGGAAGUCUAAACAGUAAAAUAGUUUUCUUUGAAACAAAGUAGUUUG